AUGUCCAACGACGACGACGAGACUCCGACUCUUUUCUCGCUCUCAUUGAACCGCGAUGCUGGUCCUACCAUCAUCUUCUUGCAUGGCCUUUGCUCCAACCACGCCGAAUUCAGGAACGUAUUCCAACACCCAAGUCUUUUCGACCAUCACCUCCUCGCCGUUGACCUCCCAGGCCACUCGCGAUCGUCCCACAUUCUUCCGUUCAACCUCCCAGACGCAGCCGAUCAUGUCGCUCGAGUAAUACAGCAUGAAGCUCGCGAUCGUCGUGCUCACGUGGUGGGCUCGUCCGUGGGAGGUUUUGUCGCUCUGGAGCUGGCGAAGCGACAUCCCGAGGUCGUCGAAAGCCUGUUCGUCACCGGCGCGGCGCCCUUCGCUGGGUACAGGAGAUGGUUCGCCGAGCACCCGACUCUCUUGUACUACCUCGAAGCUCCCAUCUCGAAAUACAGCCCCAAUUGGAUCGACAGGGCAAUCUGUAGGUGGCUUGGGGUGCGAAAGCCGGACGGUUUGCGGGAGGAGGAGAGGAGGAACUUCAGCAGGCACCUCCUGUCAGACGGGUUCAGAGGCAUCGCCCAGUUCGCCGAGAAGGAUCUGUGCUCGCUGCGCGUGAGAACUUUGACCGUCGCUGGUCAAGCGCAUGACGACGUCGAGGCGACUCGCAGGAUGGCCAGAUUACUGAGACAAGGGUGCGGUGAGAGCGAGGCCGCCAUGAUCCGAGGAGGCGUUCACACCUGGCAUCUGCAGUUUUCUCGAUUGUUCGCAGAGACUGUCAAGGCUUGGAUUGACGGGCGCCACCUUCCAGAGGGCGGUAUGGUGCUAGUGCUACGAAGUGAGUAG